AUGGCCAGUGCCCCGGAUCCUGCCCAAAAGGAUCAACAUCCGCUUCUAGCCUCACGCCCACCGGUCACGGAUCCCAUCACCUAUCUUACCAUUAUCGAGUACAAUCUCUCCGAGGAGAACCUUCCAGUCCUACACCAGGUCCUUCAAGAUGCCGAACUCACAUCUACAAUUGGCUGGGACCUGAUACAUCUGCUGCUUCCAUUGCUGCCCUUGUCGGAGGAGUGUCUGCAGGACAUUGCUGCCAAGGGCAACCCCAGAGAAUGCAUUCUCAAGGUGACGGAAGCACUGCGAAUACUGGAGUUUGAAGAACCCCGGGAAACUACGGACGAAGAGGACGAAAGCGAAAGUACGCUAAAAGUACCAGAGGUUGGAGUUGGUGAAUCAAGCACAAGUCCUGCUUUCCAGGCCACCAUCGUCCCACCACUUGCCGUACUGAAGUUCGAAGUACUUCUAAAUAUACUGGCGACCUUACAUCGACGUGUUAAGACCAAAUAUCCAAGCCGAUUCCUCUCUACCAGUCUACAAGCCGUCCUGCUCGCCUACAACAGGGCCAACACGCAUAUCGAAGACCUCACGUUGUCGGCCGUUAAAUUCGUCAAAACGCUGUCCGGCACUAAGAGGCCACAUUUGCCAUCAAGACGGAGUAGCGGCAUACUACUACGAACAAACACUAACCAGUCAGAGCCAGACCCGGAAGCACAGAGCGAUACGCCCAGUAGCGAAGAGACGGAAUUGGUCAAUCGCCUAUUACAGUCCUUCCUCACGCAUAUUCUCGAAGACUAUGUACUUUCUUUGACAUCAGACGACGAUGUGCCAGGUCUAUCAUGGGCGAGCAGGCUGAUGGAGAAGUAUGAACCUGGUCGGAUACCCAAUAAACCAAACUAUCAGAAAUAUGCAGAUCGCUUCGCCAACGACGAGGAUUUGACUUCAAGAGUCGCGAUACUUGGACAAAUCUUAGCCUUGACAGAUGACCUUGGGUUGAAUUACGAGGAUCUGUUGCGUACUGUAAUGGAUUCUGAGGACGAAAAGCGAGGUAUUCCCGGGACGGAGGAUGAGCCACCAGCUACGGCAGCAGACAUCCCACUUUCACGAACGGGUGCCUUGCUACUCAUUGCCGCUCAAAACGUUAAACAAGAACUAUAUGCUUCAGCCAAGCAGGAUGUGUCGUCAUCAAUUUCCAUCUUCCCGGAACACGCAACCAUACUAAGCAACUUUAUCGGAAAGCUAGGACCUCAAACUGUCGGCAUGGAGCCGGAGCCGUUACUUGACACGGUCCUUAGUUUUGGUCUGAUUGCGCUUGAGAAUAACAACGUGGGAGAGCCCAAAGAUGACGAGUCGUUUGCCCAAUAUCUGCAGACGAUCUCACUAAUUUCGGCAAACUCGCCGUCGCCGAGUUUACGAGGCCAUGCGCAUUACCUCACAACCACCGUUUUGCGCUCUCAUCCACAUGAUCUCGUUCGCUUGACAUUCAUCCGUGAUACGCUGGAGCAUUGUCCCUACGAGAACCUGAAAGCAAGUGCGGUGUCGUGGCUAAAAGGCGAGACUUUGGAAGCCAACGGCCCUCGGGUACAAUCGGGAGAUGACGAACAUGAAGAAACAAACAUAUUCGCAACCCCGGUCGCAAUUUCCACAGUUGCUCCCUUCCUAUGGCCCGAUCUGUCAAAGACUUAUGCCGACAGCACCAACCUAGAAGAUUCCUGGAUGCAGUUCCGCCAAGAGUUGGGCUUCUAUGUCGCAGCCCUCAACUUCUAUUACCUGUUGCUUCAGGCUAAACAUCUUCACCAUACGCUGGGUAUCAAGGAUCUAGACAAGAACCACGGCAUUCAGUCGCAUUACUUGGAUGUGCUGAAGCAGGUGGCAUCGCGAUUUCAGAAGGAGCUAGCUUCGGGUGGAGGUUCGCUUGUGGUCGAGGGCAAGGAGGCGCUAGAACAAGCCAAGGCUGAUGUUGCGUUGCUGGAGAAGGUUAUCGAUUGGGUUGAGGGUGAUAUGAAGAAGAUGUAA